AUGGGCGCCGUUUCAUCCGCUCUCGAUCCCGACCGAGGUAGUCCCGGCAUAGAAAUCCCAGAGGGGUAUGUAACACCCUCAUUUCCCUCUUUAUACAUCCCCACAUUUCGUAGCACCCGACUUCAAGUAGGUAUAUUCUUAUACGAAGCUGAAACUAUAUGGAAAUUUACCCUUUAUUGGACCCUCUUAUUCCUAGGAUCAAUCUUUUUCAUCUGUUCUGUCUUAGCAUCCUUCACUUCUUUACUAUCUCUGACAAUUCUUCGUCCUUCCGAUAAUCCUAUUAAUGUUUCACCCAAAGAUCAAUCUCGUGUAAAUGCAAGUCGUUCUCCAAGUACGAGCAGAAGAUCGGAAGCUUCUGAAAUGUUGGUAAAGAGGAUGAGAGCGAAAAGGAUAAAACCACCAUUAUGGCCAGUAUUCAUCUUUCCUUUGAUAAUGACUUCUAUCGCUGGUGUGGUGGGUGUGAUCAGUGGUACUGUCGUUGGGUUUGCUUUAGCUGCUGUUUAUUCCGCUGGGGGUUUUGCCAUGUCCACAUGGAUACCUUUUCUAUGGGGUCUUAUACAGGUCUGUGUACUAAUUAUCUCAAGUUAUUCCACUCUUACCUCCAUCUUAUAA